AUGCAGUAUGUCAGGGCGCAGAAGGCCUUUGUGGAGGUCAUCAAGAUUUGGCACGUCCUCGGCGAGGAGGAUUCACAACAAGCUGCAGAUACCUUGAUCGAGGAGUGGAAGAGAUCCGCCAGAAGCUUCGAAGGUAUUAAGCGUGCGCUCCAAAACAAGAAAGGCCAUGAGGAGAAUGGUAUCCGCUACCCGCGAACUGUGAUGCGCUCCGAACUGCAGGACAGUGAUGUGUUCUCGUUGCGAAAGUUCUACACUCUGGACUGGCGCACCAUGAGAUCGCUCCUGAUGGAAGAUGCCGAGGGAGGCCAUCUUGGUGCUGGGGAACAGUUCUUGCUGAACACCUCAGAGCAGGAGGAUGCCAUCAUCGAAAAGAAGGGGCCGAUGAUAGUGAUUGGGCGAAGUGGCUCCGGGAAGACGCUUUGUUGCGCGUAUCGCAUGUGGUAUCGGUGGGUCGACUACUGGAAGAAGUCCAACGAGGCUGAUGGCGCUGCUCUUUUACCUUCUGGGAAGGAUGGCCAGGAUCGCAUGGUCCACUUGAACCAGGUCUUCGUGACGCACAGCACCAGUUUGGCAAACAAGGAGGGCAUCGAGGUUGUACACCAUGUCAGUGAUGACAGCAACAGCGACUCCACCGGAGGAAUGUGGUUUCUCGAGCUAGGCAUCACGCCGAAAAUAGCACCUGCUUAUGAUGGCACCACUUCGUGCUUUGAGUAUGAGCAGCUCGUCGAUGGCUGGUGCGACAUCACAACGCUGGAAGAAACCAACAGAGGAACGUCUCGCAAGAGGAGGCUUUCCGGUCUAGCAACAGUGCAGAAAGAAGCACUGGACCGAGAUAGACGUUGCUCUGCCAAUGGCGUAAAAUACUUCAAAUAG